AUGGAGAAUGAAUUAGAACUUCAAAUCCAACGGGUAGAAGAACGGGCAAAGAGGGAAAUUAACGAUCGACUGCGGGAUGAAUACGACAUGAAAAUAAAGAAGAAGGAGGAAGAAAUCGCUGACAUCCAGGCACAAAUAAGGAGCCUCAGAAUGCACAUGGGAGGCAGUGAUGUCGAUGGCUCUGAUGUUCCGGAUUCCACGACCAUGGAUCGAGUAACCACAGACCUUAAUCUUCUGGUGAUGUCCCCUUCGUAUAGACAGAGGGCGUUGACUCGCUUGUCCAGCCAUCUUGUACCUGAUCUACCCCUACUAGAGGUGAUGGCCAAACUUGAGAGUACAGAGCUGGAGUUGGCAUCCCUGAAAGAACAGUUAGCGGAACAAGAGAAACGAUUGCAUUUUAAUACACUGGACCACCUGGAUGAAACCAAGAUGUGCACUCACUUCCAAAGUCCCCGAAAUUCCUCUUCUCUGCGAUCCGGUGCUCAAAGCCUCGGUUCGAUGGAGCUCAAUCCUGUUACACCACAACCACCGGAACGGAUGUUCAAAGUAAUUCUGGUCGGUGACACUGGGGUUGGAAAGUCCAGUUUCAUGCACCAAUUUUGUGAUGGUGUAUUUUAUCCCCGACUGCGAGCCACAGUAGGUGUGGAUUUCAGAACGCGUAACCUUCGGGUCGACCAAAAAGUGUACUCCAUUCAAUUGUGGGAUACGGCUGGACAGGAAAAAUACCGCAGUAUUGUCCGGACUUAUUUUCGAAAGGUUGAUGGGGUCAUAGUUGUCUACGAUGUUACCGCACCGAGCACCUUCCGAAACGUGCGGUCAUGGAUGGAACAAAUUUAUAGCAUCAGCAGUCAUCCCAACGUCCCGGUCAUCAUAGUAGGCAAUAAGAUUGACUUGCGACUUGAAUCCCAGUCUUCAAUGGUCACAACCGAGGUGGGGCAGAAUCUAGCCGAAUCCUACAAUGCGCUAUUCAUUGAGACAAGCAUCCCAACAGCAGAGAAUGUGGACGAGACCGUGAGGAUGUUGGCCAACGCAAUGAAAUUGAACGAGGACACGCAACUGGCCUCCGUGCAACUAACUCCUUCUCCUACGAAACCGACCCGAUCAUGUUGCAAAUCAUAACAUUCCAGCCGUUAGGCACUUUUAUAAGUGUUCUGUUUUAUAAUACUUGGUAUGACCUUUAAUCCCCUCAUUUGGCUCGUUUGUACAUGUUAGCAUUCAUAACUACAUAAAUUUCCUAAAUGUGCUCCUUGAAUCAGACAGCUGUCAGCUUGUUUUGUUGUUGGAUCUGGUUCCAAUCUCCCAACCUAGUUGCUG